UCUCUAUUUUCAUUUUUAACGCUUAACUUUCUUUUUAAAUUUUCUGGGUGGCCUGUGGACUUUACUUCUUGUUGGUAGACCCCCGCCUUUACUGACCCUCUAUUUUUCUUUUUUCUUAAUAUAAAUAAAUUUCUUAUAAUCCUUCUUUUUGCUGUUUAAUGUCUCUUUGCUUUCUAAAUCCAGUGUUAGAUUAGAUACUAUCAGUGAAAAUAUAGUCAACCAAGAGAAGCUAAAUUUUGGGUUACUUGCAUUUCUCUUUCUUACUUUGGUGCUGGAGAGAGAAAGAGAAGAGAAGGAGAAAUGGGUAUUGUUCCAGAUGAGGCAAUCAAUCAGUUCAAAGAAUUGAUGGAUCAAGUUGAUGAGCCACUGAAGAGGACAUAUCAGAAUAUUCAUCAAGGAUGUCAAACUGAAACUUUAAUGCGUUUCCUAAAAGCUAGAGAAUGGAAUGUUGCUAAAGCCCAUAAAAUGCUAGUUGAUUGUUUGCAUUGGAGGAUACAAAAUGAGAUCGACAAUAUAUUAACGAAACCUAUCAUUCCAACUGAUUUAUACAGAGCAGUGCGUGAUUCACAGCUUAUAGGAAUGUCAGGUUACUCAAGAGAGGGGCUUCCAGUCUUUGCUAUUGGAGUUGGGCUCAGCACGUUCGAUAAAGCAUCUGUCCACUACUAUGUGCAGUCACACAUUCAAAUAAAUGAGUAUCGAGACCGUGUAAUAUUGCCUUCUGCUUCAAAAAAACAUGGGCGACCUAUAACAACCUGCGUUAAGGUUUUGGAUAUGACUGGUCUGAAGCUGUCAGCACUUAACCAAAUAAAGUUGAUGACAAUCAUAUCAACUAUUGAUGACUUGAACUAUCCAGAGAAAACAAAAACAUACUACAUAGUAAAUGUGCCAUACAUAUUUUCAGCUUGUUGGAAGGUUGUCAAGCCUCUAUUGCAAGAAAGGACAAGGAAAAAAGUUCAGGUGUUAUCAGGUAGUGGGCGAGAUGAGCUGUUGAAGAUAAUGGAUUUGGAAUCUCUUCCACAUUUCUGUAGAAGAGAAGGAUCUGGAUCAUCUCGAUAUUCCGAGAAUUCAAGUGAAAAUUGCUUUUCUUUGGAUCAUCCGUUUCAUCAACAGCUAUACAACUACAUCAAGCAGCAAUCGAUGAUUGAUGAACCUGCCAAACCAAUUAAACAGGGGUCCUUCCAUGUGGAUCUGCCUGAGGCAGCUGCUGAAGGAACAGAAAUUGCUAAAACCAUUGAAUCUGAGCUACAUAAGUUUGGAAAUGGGAAUGGGCUUUCCAGAUCAGUCAGUGACCUUAAAAUCAAUGAUGAUUGAGACAUUUUGAGUAUAAGAUAUUAUCUGCCACUUCCGGUGGUGAAUAUUCAAUCUUCAUGUCCAUUCACUCUGUUAUAGUUAUACAAUAUAAAUGGAUGUGAUAGUAGCUAGUGAUUCCCAAUAUCUCCCUACUUGACAGGGAAAAAGUUAAUGCUGUAUAUGUAUUUGAUAUGUCGGCUGGAUAAUAUUCAUAUAAAGCUUUCCACAGCCUGACACGGUGUAGGAAUGGUAGCAGAAAAUUGUAAUUUAAGUUCCCAUGUUUAACCUAUCAUUUGAUCGUUUUUGGCCUCUCACUCUCUUUUAUUAUCAUAAUAUUAAAGGCUUCUGUUUUAUCUUA